UCCUUGUGGGGCGUGGUCUCCAAACUGGCCGUCCGUUUGUUUCUCUACUUUGCAAUUCAAUUUGAGCUAACUAGCUAGCCUUCUACUAGUAGCCGGCCAUGGCUGCCUCACCAGUGGAAGACCGCGUUGCUCUGUUGGAUCUAGCCAGUGAUGCAGAGGUAUUUGACAUUAUUGACCCAAACUUUGACCCUGCCUUCUCUGAACUAACUGGAGUGGCCUCUGCCGAUUAUAUUCCCAUGGAAGCUGAUGAGGUCCUUAUAAAGAAAGGUGACAGUCUUCGUAUUGACGAAGAAACGUUAGAUCGACAACAUUACAUCGUGACAGUUAUGCAGACGAAAGAAAGUGGGCGGGUACCAAAGGAAUUCGUUACUGUUGAUGACGCUACAUGUAAACAGCGUGCUAAAACCCAGAGAGGGUCCAUGUUCCUAGAAGGCGUUGAAUGGGAAGAUUACGCGGAGCCUCCUCCCCACGGAGAGCCCUUCAAGAGGACACAGGGGCUCAUAAGACGGCCGGGGGUGGAGAGGAGCAAGCGACCAGUGUACAAGGCCCGAGUGAACGGAGUGGACGUUAGCGACCAGGGCCCCCAGCUGGAGGAGACCAUGAAGCCAGGUCUAUGUAUGGAGGCAGCUAGAGGCUUCACCGCUUCAGAGCAAGUGCCAGGUUUGUCAGCUGUUGCCAGACUACGUGAGAUCACACGAGAGGAGAGAGCACAAACACUUCAACCGAGACCUGAAUUCAAACUGAUCGAGAAAUACAACAUUGUGUCUGUUGGCGGGAGUGAUCGGGACGGUCGUAUGGUCAUUGUGUUCUCUGCUUGUCGGCUACCAGACUCUUACCUCAUCAACCAUCAGAGACUGUUAGAGUAUAUCUUCCACACUCUGGAACAGUAUGUGGAGCAGGACUACACUGUCAUUUACUUCCACAAUGGCUUCUCUAGUUCUAACAAACCCAGUCUAGGUUGGCUCAAACAAGUCUAUCAGGGGAUGGACAGAAAGUACAAGAAGAAUAUAAAAAGGUUCUACAUAGUUCAUCCAACCAACUUCAUCCGGGUCUUCUACUACAUCUUAAAGCCACUCAUUAGCUACAAAUUUGGUCAAAAAUUGGUGUACAUCAACCGACUAGAUGAGCUGCGACCAGUGCUCUACCUCGACCAGAUCGACGUGCCUGAUGAAGUCAAACGUUAUGACCUCACGUUGACCACGCCCAUCAGAGAUGUGACUAAGCUAGAGUCUCGCUCAGUAUUCCACGUUCCAGUGAGUGCGGUUAACUCUCCUCCUCCUCCGCUGGACACUCAACAGUUUGGAGUGCCACUGGAUGAUCUGCGGGUCAGAUACAAUGGAGACCCAGUACCUCCCGUGCUCAAGAUGUGUGUGCAUGCUAUAGAGGAGAAAGGUAUGGACGUGAUGGGUAUCUUCCGACGAGCUCCUAACAACUCCACCCUCCACAAGGUCAAGGACAUGUUCAACAGAGGAGAUAAAGUGGACUUGUCUGAGCUAGGAGACUGUCAUCUCUCCGCUGUGCUCAUGAAGCUAUUCUUGAGGGAGCUGCCAGAACCACUACUAACCUUCCGGGCCUAUGCUAGCAUUGUCGAGAUUAGAGGCAAAUCUGAAGAGAAUAGACUGGAGAUCAUUCAGAAAGUGCUCAGUUUUCUCCCUGAAACCAACUACAUUGUGCUCAGAUACAUCAUGGAGUUCCUAUCAAAGGUGGCAGCGAACCAAGAGCUCAACAAGAUGACCGAGAUGAACCUGGCCAUAGUGUUCGGCCCUAACCUGGCCUGGUCCUCCAGCGAGACAGCUAAUUUGUCCAGUUUGGGAGAGAUUAACUCGUUCACCCUGCUACUCAUCAAGCAUUUUGACUUGCUCUUCAAUAAAUGAACGCCCUCUAUUAUAGUUGUUGUUGUUAUGUAGUGUCUACGGUGUUUAAUUUAAUUGCCUGAUUCUUUUUUUAAUCCAAUUCUCUCUGUGAAAUAUUAAUCAACAUUGCACUGAUAAA